AUGAUGCAAAAGAUCCCCAUGCUGCCCCUUUACAUUAUACCCCGUAAACCCGUCCCCCCUGAAACCCCAUGCGCCCCAGUGCACCAGUCCCCAGUGCACCAUGCUCCCCCUGGGCCCUGUACAUUGUCACGAAACACCCGUCCAUCUUUUUGGGACCCCUCCACAACGCCCGAGACUGUCAACGACGACUACCCCGGCACCCACUUCGGCCACUGGGAGGCUCGCGACGCUACAGACGGAGGGCAAGUACUUCGUGCACCUUCCCGACGGCCGCCCCAGACCGUACAACUACCCCGACGAGACGGCUACCACCCCCCCGUCCUCGAGGGGAGGCCCCACUACGACGCCCACGCAGCCCCCCACCAGCCCCUGCUAAGCUUACCACCCCCCUCAACCAGCAUAUCAGCCCCUGACCGCAUCCCACCCCCCCAAACCACAUUCAUGCCCCAAUUGUCCCCACCUAUCAUGCCUAAUUUAAAAGAAUAUUCUUGUAGCACUGUGCAAUACAGUAGUCUCGCCAUUGUAAUUUAUUCCCUUCCAGAAAAAAGACAAUAUAGACACAAUAAGGAUAUCUCUGAUGUCCUAACAAUGUCUUCGUCGUAUACUGGAACCCUGAUCAUUUUUAUAAAGUUGGACUUCCAACGUAGGCUUGGUGUGGUGGCAGGCCGUCGCCCUGGUUUCAGGCGAACAUCACCAGUAAAGAUUUCUCUGCACCCCCCCACUGGGUCACCAGCAGCUCCUUACACCAUGUCCCCUGUACACCAUACUCCCCCCAGUGCCCAUGCUCCCCCUGUAGUCCUGCUGCUCCUUACAUCACGAAAAGGAACCCUCCACGGCCCCACACUAGCCUUCGAGUACGCUGUCAACGCGACAGCCGGCCCCAUUGGGCCACUCGGAGGUCGCGGGGGGGCUACAAGACGGGGGGGAAAGUACUUCGUGCCCUCCCGAGGCCGCGCCCCGCCCGUCCCUUACUACCCGACGAGACUGGCUACCACCCCACCGCCCCGUACAGGGGACGGCCCACUACGACCCCCAGCAGCCUUCCCCUCCCACCCCCUCAACCAGCAUAUCACGACCGACCGCAUCCCACCCCCCGAACCAGAAAUCACCCCCCCUGACCAGUACCCCCCAAUUGUACCCACCUAUCAUGCCUAA